AUGCCUCAUGUUCCCAUCACUACUCUUGCUGGAAUUGCGAGCUUGACAGACUUAUUGAACCAGCUUCCGUUACCGUCUCCGCUGCCUGCCACUACGGCGAAGGGUCUUCUUUAUAGCAGUCGGAUCUCAGAAGAGGUGAACAAUCUGCUGGUUUGCCGGGAUGAGAAUUUGGUGACUCAGUUGGUCCACAGUCUGAACCAGGUCUCUACUGAACACAUUGAAUUGAAGGACAAUCUGGGCAAUGAUGAACCAGAAGGGGAAAUGCCUUUGCUGCUGCAAACCUUGUUGUCAAGGAAUCCCAAAAUCUUCAGGGAUAAAAGUAUGCCUUCCCAGAACGAGGUUUGGGGUGGUGUUAGGCAGCCAUCUUUGAUUCAGCAGUACAAAGUCACUCCGAAUCAAGUCCACGGCAGUCCUGCGUCUAACUAUCAGCAAACCUCUGUCCCCCCUAGUCCCUCUGGAUGUUUCACUCCUCAGCAGUCCGGCUCCGGUGCAAGGUUUCUCACCAAGCAGAACAGCCCCAUAUCGAGUCCAUACACCCCACAAAGCCCUGAUGACUACUUGCAAUACAACCCCCCUAGUUACUCUCAGCACCAACAGGCGCAGCAAGCUGCUGGGAUGAGAAAUAUCCACGACAACAAGGUGUCCGGACAGCUAUCCAAUAACUCCAACCACAAUGCACGACCUGGUUCCAAUGACAACUACAUGAACAUGAGUCAGAGAUUGGGGAAUGAGGCAAAUGGUUCCUCAAUGAAAGCAGCUGCAUUUUCUGUGGGAUCUCCAAACUCCUCCUGUUCUCCUGCAGGACAUGAGGACGAAAACACAAAACGGUCCAGAGUCAUCAUUCAGUCGCCCAACGAUCUAUCGGACAAACGUGCUGCUUCACUGGAGAACAAAAAGAAACAUAAAGAACGAAACAAAGAGGAAUUUGAACAAAUGGAUAAAAACGCGUUGUACGACAUUGUGAGCUCUCCGAUGAAGGACUCCUCAAGGCUAACCCUCAAACUGUCGCGAGUACGAUCCUCAGACACCGAUCACUCUGGAGAAACUCCUGCUGUAGAGAAUGCAAACCACAUGGACACUAGUGUAAUGAAAGAAACCCCAUCAUCAAGGACAGCCCAAGAGUCUUCACAGAAAGCAGAAACUGAGGACCUGGCGAACUGUCACCCGUCUGUCCAGCACAACGCCAAGGACUGUGGCGCAGUGAACUCGUCGGUGUGUGAGGAACCGGAGGCAGAUGCACUUUCCGAGUCUGAGAGGGUCGAGCACGAGUCGUCGUUUGAGAAAGAACGCUGGAAUAAAGACGUUCAGGAUAAAGACAAACCACUGAAGAAACGGAAACAGGACUCGUAUCCUCAGAAACCUGGAGUUGGAGCUCUCGCUGAGGCAGGGGAUGCUCAGAAGGCUAACCGCAGCAGCAAGGUGACACCCAGGAAGGCGGUAGCUACUAAAAACGGCACAGAGAGACCGGCUCUGAUGGUCAGCAUUGAUCUUGAGCAAGCCGGACUCGGGAAAGCACUGCCCGUGGUCGUCUUGGAACCUCGAGAGAUAUGUGAGGAUCAUCUAAAACGUCUCAAGUCUAAGACAGAAGAGAAGGCGAGCAAAGCUGUCGAAACCAUAAAGCAUACGGAUCAGUCGAGGAAGCCGGAUAAAAACAACCAGGAAAGCCAGAAGGAGCAGAAGCAGCCGGUCAUCACAAGUGAUAGCAGCACACAACACAAAGAGGUGGACACGGCAAGACAGAAACACAGAAGUGCAGAGGGGUCUGUCAAAGAAGAGAGAGUCAACAGCAGUCACAACGCCAAAGCCAGAAUCCCAGAGUGUCAAAAAAGUAGUAGCACAAAAAUUCAUACCUCGCCUGAAACUGAAAAGGACAAGAUCAGACACAAGGACAAAGAGAAAACCCAGAGCAAAAGUAUAGAAAAGAAUAGAGAGAAUAAUAAUAAAGAUAAAGUCAAAAACAGGGAACAAGGCAAAGAUCGAAGAGAGCAAAAUACCAGUGUAGAGCGGAGUAGAACCAGAGAAGAGAGGAGUGACAAUAAGGAGAGAGACCAGGACAGGCGUCAGCAAGCAAAAGACAAAGACCAAGAGGUAAUGAAAGACCGGAGUCGAAAUAAGACUAAAGAGGUGGACGCCGAAAAGGGCCAGAAGAAGGACCAAGACUUGGAUAAAGACGCAAAACAGAAAAAGUCAAAAGAGCCCGAGCGGGACAGAAGGCAAGAGAAGGCCCCGGACUCGGACAAGAAUAAAAAUCGGAUCAAGAAUCAAGAGUGUGACAAGGCUAAAGUUCAAGAUAAAACCCAGGAGGCAAGCAAGGAGGUCCAUCAGAGCAAGGACAGGGAAAAGGAGAAGGAGAGGACCAAGGACAAGAACCAAGCUAAGGAGCAAGACCAGGAGAGAGAUCAGAGGCACGGCAAAGGCAAAGAGAGAGCCAAGGACAAAACCCCAGUGAAAGAGGAGGAAAGUAAAAGAGAUAAACAUCGAAACAGGGACAAAGAGGCGGAAAUGACUCCUGAGAAGAGCAAAGAGUCGGAGAAAGACCGGCGGCACAGUAAAGAAAAGGACCGGGCCCAUGAUCCAGAACGAAAUCGAGAGAAGGACAAAGAGAGAGGCAAGGGGAAAGACCGGAGCAGAGGCCGAGGGGACGAACCGGAGAGAGACCGGGACGUGGAACGGAAGCACAAGGUCUCGCAGUCGGAGGAGAACCAUCACAAACCAUCUGGGGACCAGCCUGCGAAGCUAAACAAGUCCACAGACCCCAACAGAAGACCAAAGCCUGAAGGUAGCUCCUCCACCAACAAGGAGGAGCGCAAGAGCAGCCAGAGCGCGGAGAAGCAGACCUCGGAAGCCAAGCCCAGCGAGUUUCCCUCCUACCUGUUGGGCGGAACCGGGACAACUUUGAAGAACUUUGUGAUUCCCAAACUGAAGCGGGACCCGAGUAUUGACGUGCUGGUGGACCCUAAAGUCAGGCUGGAUCGAGUGACUGUAGUUAAGAACCUCGCCCGCAAUGCCAAGCCUGUCAUUGUGCUCAAAAGGCUCGGGUUGGAAGAAAUAAAACAAAUCAUUAGGGAUCGAAGAAAUGCACAAUUAUCUCGAGGCUCGUCCAGAUCAGAUAUGUCCUCGAACAAGCGCAGGCACAGUACAGUCAGUAAGAAAUCCAAGUACGUGGUUUCUGACUCAGAGGAAGAUAGUGAGGACUCUGACUGUGAAGUUGUGAAGAAAAAAUCAAAGAAAGACAAUGACAAGUCGUGGAAAGAGGAUAAACGAGGGCGGUCGUCCAGCGGCCGCCAUCGAGGGCGGAGUCUCUCUGACUCCGACGACAGCUCUCCGCCUCCAAACCUCACAGCCGUUGCCAGAAAAUUAAGUAAAAAGGAGAAGAAGAAGAAGUCGUAUGAGCCUAAGAUGACGAUGGAAGAGAUGAUGGAUUCCUCUACAUUCAAGAGGUUCACGGCGACUCUGGACGGCAUUCUGGAGAACCUCGAAGACGUAGAUUUCACUGCCGCAGACGAUGACGACGAAAUACCUCAGGAACUCCUGCUCGGACAGCACCAGCUCAGCGAGCUCAGCAGCGACUCUGCCAAGAUCAAAGCUAUGGGGAUCUUUAACAAGAUUCACUCGGAGAAACUGGUGAAGGUUUUGAACAUUCUUGAAAAGAACAUCCAGGACAGUGUCAAACUUUCAACAUUAAUGCAUUACGACAACGACUCCAUGGAUGAAGAGAAGCUUUGGCGGGACUUGAUCAUGGAGAGAGUGACCCGGUCUGCGGACGCCUGCCUGACCGCCCUCAACAUCAUGACGUCUCCACACAUGCCCAAAGCCGUCUACAUAGAGGACGUCAUCGAGAGAGUGCUGCAGUACACAAAGUUCCACCUGCUCAACACCCUCUACCCUCAGUAUGACCCGGUCUACAGAGUGGACCCACACGGAGGAGGCGUCCACAGUUCCAAAUCGAAGCGAGCCAAAUGUUCGUCCUCCAAACAGAAGGUGGUCGUAAAACUCUACAACAAAGUUUGUGACGUAGUGAGCAAUAUGUCUGAGCUUCUGGAGAUCCAGCUGCUCACUGACACCACCAUCCUGCAGGUGUCGACUCUGGGCAUCACUCCCUUCUUUGUGGAGAACAUCAGCGAGUUGCAGCUCUGUGCUAUCACACUCGUCACAGCGAUCUUUUCACGUUAUGAGAAACAUCGACAGCUCAUUCUGGAAGAGAUUUUCACCUCUUUGGCUCGACUGCCGACCAGCAAACGCAGCCUCAGGAACUACAGGUUGAGCGGUGACUCAGACGGAGAGUACGUUUACAUCCAGAUGGUAUCGGCCCUGGUCCUGCAGCUCAUUCAGUGCGUCGUACAGUUACCAUCAGAGCGAGACGGAGACGACGAACACCAUAAGAAGGGCGAUAGAGAUGUUCAGAUCACCAACGCUUACGAAACAGCCAUGAGGACGGGACAGAAUUUCUUAUCAGUUUUCCUCAAAAAGUGUGGGAGUAAACAGGGCGAGGAAGACUACAGGCCUCUGUUCGAGAACUUUGUCCAUGACCUUCUCUCCACCGUGAACCGCCCCGAGUGGCCGGCCGCCGAACUGCUGCUCAGCUUACUGGGACGAUUACUGGUUCACCAGUUCAGUAACAAGCAGACAGAGAUGGCCCUGAGGGUGGCCUCCCUGGACUACCUCGGCACCGUGGCCUCUCGCCUUCGCAAAGACUCGGUCACCAGCAAAAUGGAUCAGAAAGUCAUCAACCGCAUUCUGAAAGAGACUCCGGGCAGUGACGAGGUGCAGCAGCUGCAGAAGGCCUUAUUGGACUACAUCGAUGACAAUGUGGAGACAGACACGUCGUUACUGUUUGCCAGAAACUUUUACAUCGCUCAGUGGUAUCGGGAAGUGACGAGCGAAGCAGAGAAAGCAAUUAAAUCUCAAAACGAUCGCGACGAAGACACAAAGUAUUAUUCCAAGGAGGUGGAGUCAACGGGGGACAUAAUGCACAAAGCAGAGAUCCGGAAGAAGUUUCUGCGGAAAGUUAUAAAGACAUCGCCGUCUCAGUUUAGUUCUUUAAAGAUCAAUUCCGAUGUAGUGGAUUAUGAGGACUGCAACCUAAUCGUCAGAUAUCUGGCCUCCAUGAGGCCUUUUGCACAGAGCUUUGAUAUUUAUUUAUCACAGAUUUUACGGGUGUUGGGAGAGAGUGCGAUCGCGGUUCGAACCAAAGCCAUGAAGUGUCUGUGUGAAGUGGUGGCCGUCGAUCCGAGCAUUCUGGGCCGAUCGGACAUGCAGCGCGGAGUCCACUGCCGCCUCAUGGACAACUCCACCAGCGUGAGAGAGGCCGCCGUGGAGCUGCUGGGACGCUUCGUUCUGAGCCGCCCAGAACUCAUCGAGCAGUACUACGACAUGCUCAUCGAGAGGAUACUGGACACUGGGAUAAGUGUCCGGAAGCGGGUCAUAAAGAUCCUGAGAGACAUCUGCCUGGAGCUUCCGGACUUCCACAAGAUCACAGAGAUGUGCGUGAGGAUGAUCCGGAGAGUCAACGACGAGGAGGGCAUCAAGAAACUGGUGAAUGAAACCUUUCAGAAGCUUUGGUUCACGCCCACGUCGAAUCACGAUAAAGAUGCAAUGACUCGGAAGAUUCUCAACAUUACAGACGUGGUCCUGGCCUGUAAGGACACUGGGUACGACUGGUUUGAGCAACUUUUGCAAAAUCUUUUUAAGACAGAAGAGAAUGCGUCCUACAAACCUGCCAAAAAGGCCUGCACUCAGCUGGUGGACAGUCUGGUGGAGCACAUCCUGACGUACGAGGAGACUCUUGCAGAGGACAAAGACAUCAGCUCUGGUCGUCUGGUCUCGUGCAUCACCACUCUCUACUUGUUCAGCAAGAUCCGACCUCAGCUCAUGGUGAAACACGCCAUGACGAUGCAGCCGUAUCUGACAACUAAGUGCAAUACUCAGAACGACUUCAUGGUCAUCUGCAACGUGGCUAAAAUCCUGGAGCUGGUGGUCCCUCUGGUGGAGCACCCCAGCGAGGGCUUCCUGUCCACGCUGGAAGAAGACUUGAUGAAGCUCAUAAUCAAAUAUGGAAUGACGGUGGUCCAACACUGUGUGAGCUGUCUCGGAGCCAUUGUCAACAAAGUCACACACAACUACAAGUUUGUCUGGGCCUGUUUCAAUCGCUACUAUGGGGCCUUGGCUAAACUGAAAACCCAGCACCAGGAGGACCCCACCAGUCCCACUCUGGUCAACAACAAACCCACCCUCCUCCGCUCCCUCUUCACCGUCGGAGCUCUCUGUCGCCAUUUUGACUUUGACCUGGAAGAUUUCAAGGGGGCCACAAAGAUCGUGAUAAAAGAGAAGGUUCAGGAGCUGCUCAUGUACUUCACCACACAUCAAGAUGAAGAAGUGCAAAUUAAGGCCCUCAUUGGACUCGGCUUCCAGUUCAUCAUGUAUCCAGAGUUAAUGUUUGUCCAAGAGGUGAAGGUCCUGUACAACAACACUCUGUCCGAGGAGAGCACCUCGGUCAGUCUGAAGAUACAGGUGCUGAAGAACCUGCAGACCUACCUUCAGGAGGAAGACUCGCGGAUGCAGGAGGCCGACCGCGAAUGGAAGAAGACGGAGAAAAAGGAGGACUUGAAAGAGAUGGGGGAUGUGUCGUCGGGCAUGAGCAGCUCCAUAAUGCAGCUCUACCUCAAACAAGUGCUGGAGUCCUUCUUCCACACGCAGUCCACCGUGCGGCACUUUGCUCUGAGUGUGAUCACGCUGACUCUGGGCCAGGGCCUUAUCCACCCAGUGCAGUGUGUGCCGUACUUGAUCGCGAUGGGAACAGAUCCAGAACCAACCAUGAAAAACAAGGCAGACAACCAGCUGGUGGAGAUCGACAAGAAAUACUCAGGUUUCAUCCAUAUGAAAGCUGUUGCCGGUUUGAAGAUGUCGUAUCAGGUGCAACAGGCCAUCAUCGGGUCUAAAGCUGUGGUCCGUGGGUUUCGUCCUGACGACAGAGACUCGGCUCUCUGCUCCCACCUCUACUCCAUGGUCCGCGGGAACCGGCAGCACCGACGGGCUUUCCUCAUCUCACUGCUCAACCUGUUUGACGACAGCUCCAAGAGCGACGUGAACAUGGUGCUGUUCGUGGCUGAUAAUUUGGCCUGUUUCCCGUAUCAGACUCAGGACGAGCCUCUGUUCAUCAUGCACCACAUCGACAUCACGCUAUCUGUCUCCGGGAGCAACCUGCUGCAGUCCUUCAAAGAGUCUUUACGAAAGGAGCCAGUCCCACGUCCAAAAAUUGUGAAAAAGAAGGAGAAGAAAAAGGGGAAGAAAAAGAAACACAAAAAGAGAAAGAGCAGCUCGGAGGAGGACAGCAGCGACGACAGCAGCAGCAGCAGCAGCAGCAGCAGCAGCAGCAGCAGUAGCAGCAGCAGCAGUGAAGAGGAGGUGGUCGUCCGGAAGAAAACCAAAUCUGCAGAUUCUGACGAUGAUUUGGACGACGAGGACGCGGUUUUAGAUCGGUUACCGGACAACCCUGGUCCUCUGCUGGACUUUGCCAGUGCCUCGCAGGGAGUGCUGCUUCUGCUGAUGCUAAAACAACAUUUUAAGAAUCUGUACGGCUUCUCAGACAGCAAAAUCCAGAAGUAUUCUCCGACAGAAUCUGCCAAAGUCUACGACAAAGCAGUGAACAGGAAGUCCACGGUUCACUUCAAUCCUCGACAAACUCUGGAGUUUCUCAAAACUAACCUCGGAAACACAAACAUCAACCACGAGUCCAAGAGGAACAUCGUCAAGCAGUUUUUAGAUUUCAAGUUGCUGAUGGAGCAUUUGGAUCGUGAGGAAGAGGAGGAGGACGGUGAAGCAAACGCCAACGCCAAAAACAAGGUCAUCACGUCGCUGCUCAAAGGCCCCAAACUUCAAAGCAACAACCAUCACGCCGAAGCCGCUCCCAUCGAGACCAGCGAGAGCGAGAGCGAGGACGAGAGCCCCCCAGCGAGAAAGUCGAAGAAAGGCGGUGAGUCUGCGGAGGAUCCAGGUCCUAAAGGUGAAGCCGUGGAGGCCAUGGACAUCAUCGCCACCUUCUGCCCCAAAUACAAAGACCGGCCCCAGAUCGCCAGAGUGGUGGAGAAGAACAGAACAGGCUACAGAAUACACUGGAUGACAGGGACGUACUCUGGGCCCUGGUCCGUGGCUAAGAAAAAGGACGGUCGCAAAAAGGUGCCUUGGGUCGACACUGUCAAAGAAUCGGACAUUAUUUACAAGAAAAUCAUCCUGACGAGCGGACAGAAGCUCUCCAACAAAGUGGUGCACUCGCUGCGGGCGCUGUACGCCAACAAGGACUCGACAAAGAAGUGA